UAUCCCAGUCUGUGCCUGUGUGGUGUUUGUAUAAUAGGUUACACUAUGCUCUAGAAUGACAUUUGUAGUUUGUAGUUAUUAUUUAUUUUAAAUGAAAUAAUCUCGCUUAGAUAGUUCUGCUUGUUAAUGAAUCCGCUGAUACUGCCUCGUAAAGUUGUGCAUUAUUUAUUGAUCGGUAUGAGGUUAUGAUAGGCGAGUUCACCUGGCUUUCAUUCUGUGUCCAAUGUUUACUAUUAGAUCUCUUUUUUAUAUCUAUUAUGAAGAAUGUAGCGGAUCAGCAGUACUUGAACUAUGACACUCAAUGCUGAUGAAAAUAUAAAGCCAAAAUGAUUGGCACAGUGUCCAGUUUGGAAGAUGCUUGUCGUCAAGCUCAGGAUAUGAUCGAUCAAGUGCCUGGGUGCUGGAAAGAGUUUCAGACUCAGAAUUGUCUAAAUUCACCCUCAAAUCCAAUUCAAUGUGGAAAUAAAAAAGAACAAAAUCACUCUAAGCGUAGCAUUCAGUCAAAAUUGACAAGACUAUAUUUUGAGGAGUUGUCAAAAGUUCCACAUGCAACACCUGACUCUGUUCUGAACAAUCUCGAAAAUGAGUGCGACCUUCUGGGUCGAUUAGUGCAGAGAGAAGGCCUCCACACGUUAAUUGUAAAUCUCUAUGCUGGCAAUAAAGGAUACUCAUUAGGGAUAAGAAACAGCAGUGAAACAGGACACACAUACGAGAAAAACACAUUAUUAACCGAGACUCAGCUAAUGGGGUACGAGCAAGGGGAAUUAUUAUCCUCAAUAGACAAUGGACAAUUACCUGCAAUCCUAGCUGAACAAUUGGAAGGAAGUCAUUCGCAUUUAUUUUACGAUGGAUGUAUUAUUGCCGAAGUACGAGAUUACCGUAAAGCCUUUCCUCACGCCAAGCCUGAAGUACAUCAUGUUCUGCUCAAGCCUACAACACAAAGUGUACUCUCGGAUGUCUCGACAUUAACAAGCGAUGGAGAUUGGAGCCAUGAAGAACGACUGGUCUUGGAGUCACAUUUGGUGGCUGCAACACAGGGACCGCUUUGUCUCGAUCCUAGUCCAGCUCCUAGUUUGGCAUCUACUCGGAUACGUCAGUCGAAAGCUCUAAUUACAGAUCAUCAGCUAAUGCGGCAAGCUAAAAAGUUUUCUCAGGUCACAGUAAAUCGAAAGAGAAAAUUAGAACAGCUUGCACAGCCUGAGGGUUUGACAAUACAAGACUUGAUGCAGAAGUUACGUACAAAAAGGGGGUUACCAACAACCACUGCCUGCCCACCGCCCUCUCUUGUUAAUCCUCCACUUCUUCCACCGAGCACACCAAUUGAUGUUCUAAGGUAUGCAAAGGCGUACGAGCGACCACGGGAAACACGAGACUGUCUACCACAACUUAUAGAAGAAUAUAUAUUAGAGACUGAAAGGGGCCAAGGUCGAAUAUAUCAUAUAAAGCUCUCGAUUCUACAAAGACCUUCGAAUUCGGAAUACCUUGGGGAGCUUUAUGUAGAUCGAGAUCAUCGAGAAGGAGAAAAAAAUGGAUCGGCUUGUCGGUUUAGUCUUGGUACUAGAGCGCAGGCGAAUCAUUACAUACAGCAAUUUACGGAAAUAUUUACAGAAGAAGGUAGGAAAAAUGUGCGAAUAAAGCAUGUUGUGCCAGGGCAAGCCCCUCGUGUUACCUGUACCCCUGGAAUGCAGCGUGCGCAUCAACAGGCACAAGCACAAGCGGCUCAGAUUGUAGCCCAACAACUGCAACAAGCUCAAUCUCAGCAUGUCGCACAGCAGAUCCUUACAAGAGCUCAAGGACAAUUGAAUACGUUAACAAGCCAAGUAGCUUCUAUGAAAACUGCAACAGAUGCGACGAGCUCUUGUCAAGCUAAUUUGACAAGCUUGGAUCUAUCGGCUGUUUCAUCUACGGCAGAUGCAACAACAUCUAAUUCAAUUCCAGCAAUGAGUAAUGGCCUGCCACACAAUACAGCUACUGUUCAAGUAGAUGCUUCACCGAUGCCGGGAGCCGACGUUAAUUCCUGUAACGGUUCAGGAAUCUUAGUAUUUCAGCAAAAGGCUGCUCCUUGUGUAAACAAUAUAUCGGCUACAAAUGUUCCUGUUCUGCAAGCCCAAUUGCAAGCUGGCACCCAAAGUAAUAUUAGGGAGACUUCGAGUCAAAGUCAAGGAGAGACAUCUUUCAAAAAGCACUCUACGAACCCUGCAAUAAGUGCUCUUGUUACUUCUCUCAUGAAUUCAGCUCAACAAUUUCAGCAGCAAGCUGCAGCUAACGCAGCUGCUGCAGCCAUGAGCAAUAGCGCGCAGGCUAGUACAAAAUCGAAUAACACUGCUAUUCUUAGCUUACUGAAUAGCAGUCCAGCCAAUUUAACUCAGCAGAAGACUCAACCUCGAAGGAUCUCGUUAAAUACUACUAUACCGCCUAGGGUGAUCAGCCAUGGCAAUGUGAUCACUGUUCCCAAUACUACAGGCCAGAUAGCAAAACCUGUUACAUUCCAGGUGAGGGUAAGUUUUGCCCCUGCUUUAACGGGGCAGCUAGCAGGAAAACAGGCUGUGCGAUUGGCUAGGGUACAAGACCCUGCUUCCACGCUCGGGCUUUCAAUGCCGGGAUUGUCCGCUUUGCUUGCUGGUACACCUUCAGCUGACAACCCAAUUCCUGGAAUUAAUACAACUUCCUCUUUACUGGAGAGGCUAACAGCCUCCUCGAGUCAAAGUAGCCAACCAUCUAGCCCUAUGACUAGUCCGCCGGCAACGAAUGUGAAUUUACAGGGAGUCAAUCUCACUAGUCUGCCCAAUUCAAUAAACGGUCUACAAAAUGUUCAGGUCUCUUUUCCUGGUUUAUCUCAACCAAUAACGAUGUCACUCAAUGUUUCGGCAGCUACAGGAUCAGUUACCCCGAGUGGAGUAAUCGUAUCUCUUCCAAUAUCAUCUGGUACCAAUACGUGCACGACUGUUUCCAGUAUGGUAUCUGCAACUGUUGUAACUACUACAGUAUCUGCGAGUACUCCGACAGUAGUAAUUGCUAACCCUGCCAAUACUCAUUUGUCAUUACCAAUUGCUCAAAUCAUACCAUCAGGAGUAAAAGGCUUAUCACAACAAAACAUGCAUAGUACUAAUUCAGUUACUCUUUCACAGGGCGGACCGGCUAUACAACUUGUUGGAUCUCAGAGGCAGCGGCUUAAUCAAAUCGCCCGUCACGUGCAGCCAAACCAAACUAAACCAACUGUUAUGCCGAGCCAGUUAGUAACUGUUGCAAAACCUGUACCAGCAAAUCAUCUGAUUUUAUCUGGUAAUAAACAGGUGUUAACUCCAAUUGGAGGUAGCAAACCAGUGCUGAUGGCGACUCAAGCCCCAUCUUCCGCUCGAGUAGUAUCUGCAAAUAAGCAAACAUUGCUUACGAAGUCUUUGCACACGCGACCGUCUACAGGAUCCACUACCCUACAGCCUCAGAGCCUUGGCGUUACAGGCUUAUCGCAGCAACAGCUUCAGAGGACCCUCGUGAAGCCGGUGCAGCUGCAGCAAUUACAACAAUGUUUAGCUGCUCAACAUAAGGCAGUUGUAGUAGCUGGAAACUCGCCAAAUAGGACGCAACUGCAACAGCGAAACAAAUCUACUCCCGGGGAAGACUCUCUCUGAAUACGUUCAAAUACCUUAAAAUAAGUCACUUUGAAUAAAAAUAAUAAAAGCCUCUUUGCGAAUGACAUUGUCAAGUACAUUAUUAUACAUAUUAUAGAAUAUAUUUUACGUAAGUAAAAAAUGAAAUUUACACGCCGUUCAAGCAAUAUACCAUCAUAUUGGGUACUGUUUACUCAUUGAUUUUCGUGUAAAUAAUAGAUUCUUUUUCAAUGUAUUGCCCUGAAAUACAUAAUUUAUUUAUAAAAACAAUUAAGCAGCCGUGAGAAAAAUGGUGAAAAUAUUGAAUAUCACGUGCAUGUACAAUAGCGCACCUACACCGAAAUGAAACAAGCUUGC